GUGAUGCAGGUUCGUGCCGUUUACGAUUUUGAGGCACAACCUCAUUCUGGUGAACUUUCCAUAUCUGUGGAUGAAAUAUUAACGGUUAUUAAAGAGAAUAUCGAAGGAGGAUGGUUGGAGGGAAUGAAUUCGAAAGGCCAGCACGGACUUUUUCCGGAAUCCUAUGUUGUGAAAAUAAACCCGCAACCGACGACAAAAGGACUUUUUGUUGAUAAACUUUUGGAAUUACAGAAUGCAGUUCUAUCUGGGUGUCAGUCUGAUCCCGUAGCCACCAGUCAAGCAUUAGAUGAUGAUGAUUUUGAUGAUUGGACAGAAGAUGAUGAAGAGGUAUUGCUUAAUACGGUUUUUUACCUUUUCUUUUGCUGGAUUGGUACAGCUUUCACUUUUUUAAAAUUUAUUUCAGUCAGUCUUCCUUCUAAAGCUUCAAGAUCAUUUUUAAGGUUUUCGAAUUUUGUAAAGUCUGGAAUGGAAGGUUACAUUCUUUCCACUACAAAAAUGACUACCAGGACAGACGAACACCACGAAAUAGUUCUGACUUCUGCUGGUCCUUGUUGGGCACCUAUCACUCAACCCUAUAGUUGUGUUGUUGACAAGCCGAAAAAGGAAUCUAAGUUAAAGGGCCUGAAAAGUUUUAUCGCUUAUAGUGUUACUUCGUCACUUAGUGGCAUUCAGGUGUCGAGGCGUUACAAACAUUUUGACUGGUUGCAUGAACAGUUGUCUGCUAAAUAUAUUCUUACUCCAAUUCCACCGCUUCCAGAAAAGCAGGUUGCAGGAAGGUAUGAAGAAGACCUAAUUGAACAUCGGAAAAACAUUCUUCAGCUUUGGGUAAAUAAAAUUUGCCGUCAUCCUGUUCUUAGCAAAUCAGACGUUUGGAUUCAUUUUCUUACUUGUACGGAUGAGAAGCAGUGGAAAAAUGGGAAAAGGAAGGCUGAGAAAGACGAAUAUGUAGGAGGAAAUUUUUUGCAUUGUGUCACUGUCCCCACAGAAGAGUUAAAUACAAAAGAUGUCGAACGUCAAGUUGAAUCGUUCUCUCGUUGCGUGAGAAGCCUUGAAGAUAGCGUCAGAGUGAUGUAUGAUCGAGUGAAGGAUUUGCAUGUGAGGACGGGAGGACCUUAUAAAACGAGCUGGCAGAAGUUAGCAACAGCUUUUGCGGGCUUAGGUCACUCUUUUGAGUUGGAUACCGGACCAGUUUUCUGCCACCGUCUUUGUUUAAAGCUUGAAUGUGCUCAAGUGUAUCACAAAAUUGGUGAACAACACGAAGAAAGUUCAAAGAGAGAUAUAGAUCCGCUCAUGGACUCACUUUACACUUACAGAGGGCUUCUUGCCAACAUGCCAGAAAUUGUAAGCGUACACAAGGUACGAGGAAUCCCGGCUGAUGAACUAGAACAAGUUCGUCAGAAGGUUGAUUCUGUUAGCUAUGCUGUACUUUCCGAGAUUCAGUUCCAACAUCAUGAACGUGCGCAAGAUUUCAAUCAAAUGAUGGGAGACUUCCUGCACAAGCAAGCGGCUUUUUACAUGAACAUAUCUAAGCAGCUCAGUGACGUUGCUGCCUUGUUUCAAAGUUCCGGGCGUUAG